CUGUUUAUGUUGCAGAGCAAAAGGAAUUAGAAGAUUCUGAUGAUCGAAAAUUCGAUUACGUGCCGUCUUGGGGCGAAAAAUUCUAUAAUAAGCGUGCUCCCUUAAUUGUUGUUUUUGAUAUUUCAACAAAUGAAGCAAAAGUUUUACCAAAGCUUGAAAAAAUUGAUCCUGGACAGGUUCAGUUUGGUCCUGAAGAUAAAUCCCUUAUUUUUACUGGAUAUAGUAAUGAACCACGACGUUUUGGUAUUGCAGCGUGUACUAAUCGAUUAGCUGGAAUAUACCAGUGUCAAUUGGAUGGGUCUAAUCUAGAGCAUCUAAGCGACAAUGUUGAGCAUGCACGGUCACCACGACUUAAUUUGUCAGGAAAUCGUUUAAUUUAUAUAUCUAAUCCAUCCGGCGGUCCACAUAGCCGAUGUUCGGAACUUUAUGAGUACAACUUUUCAUCAAGGCAAAAUCGCCUCAUCGUACCUAUUGUACAUUCUCCUUCACCAUCUUUUCAUAAUAACUUUCCUGGGAUAUAUAGUAAAUGUAUUCCUUUAAAGGCAUUUAUUACAAUUGAUGGCGUUCAAAAAUUGACUACGAUCGGAAGUUGGAAUUUAUUUUCAGCAUGGGACAAGUAUAUAUUAGCAUCGCAAGGUUCAACUACCGAAUUUCAUAAGUUGCAACUUGGAGUGAUAACUGGUUGUCAUGAAGACAACUUGAUUGUUGAUUGGACAGUGAUUGAUCAGCCUGAUGUAGAAAAAGUGGCACCUACUCUUGCCAAAUCCACAUGUUCCAUAUUGCAACCUUUCGAAAACAAUCCUUAUUUGGAAUUAAUAGUCCACAAACCCAAAGAAGUUCCUUUAGACAAAAAACCACCUCUCAUCGUUAUUCCACAUGGUGGACCGCAUGGUGUUUGUGUUACAAGUAUUAGCUUGACUAUAUCGACCCUAGUUUCCUUGGGUUAUUUUAUUGUGGAAGAUUCCGUUGAUGCACUUAUUGGAAAUAUUGGUAAUUUAGAAGUUGAGGAAGUUCAGGCUGCAGCACAGUAUUUUAUUGAUCAACACGAAGUUGAUCCUGAUGCGAUAACAUUAAUUGGUGGUAGUCACGGUGGAUUUAUCUCUGGGCACUUGAUUGGAAAAUAUCCGGAUUUUUACAAGGCCUGUGUUUUGAGAAAUCCAGUAUUAAAUAUUGGAGGAAUGACUUCAUCAACUGAUAUUCCAGAUUGGUGCUUUGCAGAACUAGGCCUUCCAUACUCUUUAUCCAAGCCACCAAUUCUCAAACCAUCCGAUUAUGCCAAGAUGUAUGAAAAUUCGCCAAUUUCAAAUAUAGAUCAAGUGAAGACACCAAUUUUACUAAUGCUUGGAGCAAUUGACACUAGAGUACCAUACGUUGAUGGAUUGGCGUGGUGGUACUAUUUGAAAGGACAAGGUAAGGUAGAGAUACAAUGUAAGAUGUAUAAAGAGACCGGACAUUCAUUGGAUAGCAUUGAAGCUGAAAUUCAAAGCGUUGAUGCUAUUACUAAAUUUUUAAAAAAUAAGAUUGGAUUGUAA